CCUGGCCUCUCCUUUAAGCGCCACAAAUUGCGCGUGGCGCCGCGAGCGGUCAAAUCUGCGCGCGCUGCUCGCGACAGCACCUCGUCACCAUGGCCGACGCUGCCCGCGACCAGCGCGAAACGACCCUGGCGCUUCGAGGGGAUGUGGAGGAACCGGGUGCGGACGCCGGCGGCCCCGCGCCGUACCGGGGGAAAGAUUUCGACGAGCUGAAGGCCAAGUUGGAGGCCGCGGACGCGGAGGUCAAACGCCUGAACCAGGUGAACUUCGAGCUCUUGAACGCGCAGCACGACGCCGUGUUGGCGAAGCUAUCCCAGAACGAGUGCGCGAAGCAGGCGCUAUGGGACUUCGCAGAAGUGGCCGGAGACGAAGACGAGAUCAGGCACGAUCGAAGCGUGCGCGAGGCGCUACUAACCGAAUCCCAGAUCAAAAAGCAAGGGCUGCUCGAGCGUUUAGCACAGAAGCAGAAUGCGGGCACGCGCCGCGCCCGCGGCGGCGUAGACCUGGGCGGACCCGGGCCCGGGCACUAUAUCGCGAUCGCCGAGCUGAAGGUGGCGCUGGGGAAACUAGAGGUCAAACUGGAGGCCGCGCAGACGGAGAACGCGCGCCUGCACCAAUUGAACCUCGAGCUCGUGACGGCGCGGCACGACGCUCUGCUCUCGGAAGUCGCUCGCCCAAAGAAGCGCGCCCGCGUCGAGGACGGCAACGUCGCCGCCGACGAGGCGAAGCCCGCGAUGCAGGCUGCAUGUGAAUGUCCUGUAGAGGAAGCCGAAGAUAGGUAUAUGCAACUCAAGUCCGACUUCUUGGUAACACAACGGGAGAUCGAAAUGCUCGGUACGCUCGACCGCACGGCUCAGGAGCAGAACCACCUGACGCGAAAUGGCCUCGGCGGCGUCGACGCCGGCGGACCCGGGCCCGGGCACUAUGUCGAGAUGGCCGUGCUGAAGGGAACGGUCGGGAAAUUGGAGAUCAAACUAGCGGCCGCGCAGAAGGAGAUCGCGCGCCUGAACGAGGCUCUUCAGGACGUGUUGCGGACGCGGCUCGACUCCGCGGUCGCCGAGCUCGCGGCGAGCCUCGCGCAGAAGAAGCGGUCCCGCGUCGACGACGACGCCGCCGCGAACCUGUAGUAGUCGCGUGUCCCUCCCCCUACUUGAUGUGCAAGAAAACCGAGCGCGCCGCGCCGCGCGCCCGUGGUCUCCUGUUAAAUUGAAUUGACCUUCUACUUUUCUCGCUGAGAUCUGUAGC